GCCCUCCGCCGUCCCGGCAUGCACCGCGAGGUCUGCAGUAUAUUAUUGACAAAGAAAAAAGGGCUGAAGAGAAACAACAACGGGGUGGGAUCAGAGGCACAAACCGAGGUGAUAGCACCGACGUUACACGGACCUGUGUGCUGACAACAAGUCCCAAGUCAUGGCCCUGAGGCGAUGAGAGUGGGAAGUGCCGUUUCCACCUGAAGGGAUUCUACACAGCUCGAGAGUUUGUGGAGAGAAGGGUGGGGGGCCCAGGCAGACCGUGGACGGGGAAGGAGAAGAGCUCAGCUGGAGCCAAUGCAGCAGCAGCAUCGACAGCCUGAGCUGGUGGAAGGAAGCCUUCCCGUGUUCGUGUUCCCCACUGAGCUCGUCUUCUAUGCAGAUGAGCAGACGUCUCACAAGCAGGUGCUCACCCUCUACAACCCCUAUGAGUUCGCCCUCAAGUUUAAAGUGCUGUGCACAGCGCCAAACAAGUACACUGUGGUGGAUGCCACCGGAGCUGUUAAGCCACAGUGUUGUGUUGACAUAGUAAUCAGACACCGGGAUGUGCGUGCAUGCCAUUAUGGGGUGUACGACAAGUUCCGACUGCAGGUGUCGGAGCAGAGUCAGCGGAAAGCUCUGGGUCGCAAAGAGGUGACGGCCACGCUCCGUCCCUCUGCCUCACAGGAGCCGCCCAGCCCCCGGCCCCAAGAUGAGGAACGCAGAAUCAAAGAGCAGUUCGCAGACAGCGAGUUUUUUGAACAGACUGCAUUUCAGACAGAGAGCCGUCCUGUUGCUGGAGGCCCCAGUCUGCUGACGGUGCUGCUUGGGCUGGUGUGUAUGGCCGCCCUGAUGCUCCCGACCCUGGGGGAGCAAGAAUCUACUGUGCCUGUCUACCUCCACUUAAGUGUUAACAAGAAACUUGUAGCUGCUUAUGUUCUCGGUCUUCUUACGAUGGUCAUACUGCGCACAUGAAGUGCCGUGAGCUGAGAGGAGGAGGGGAAAUGACCUAAAGGACGACGAGAACAUCCUCACACCAGAGGCACUGCGACACUUAAAUGAGUACAGCUGACAGCAGAGGAACGUGGUACUUACUCAGUUCACCUCGUCCCCCUGAAAAAUACAUUUUAGGAUACUUGUUUUCAAAUCCACACGUUUGUGUUAAUACGUAAACUGACACAAUACUGAACUGACGCAAACAGCGGAGACCUCGGGCGCAUAGGUCAAAGGAAUGGUAGUGUGAGAAGAGCUGUCCCUGAGCAGGGCCUGUGAAGAAACAUGAGGCCAUUUAUAAAGUGUUUGACCUCAUAUUUCCUGUGUCUGUAUUUUUAUUGCCAUUAUGUAACAGAAUAUGGUUAACUUGAGUGUAAAGGAAUCGACAUGCAAACAUUACACAUGUAUAUAAAGCCAUUAAAGUUUUGUUAUGGUAUUCACCUGUAACCAUCAUUAUAUUGAUGUUUCAAAGCAUUUUUAGUGUAGGCUCUGAGGACUAAAUGCAGUUUUUUGCAUGUGUGGAUACCUUAUCUGGAGGAGUAUUUGUUUUUUCCAGCAGUAAGGUAUUUUUACAUGUCACCAAAGGAAAGAUCUUCUUUUGAAGACAAUGGUUUGUUCGCAGUACUAUAUCAAUGCUCCAUCAAACGUUUAAUAAAAGACUCAAUACAGAUGUCUGGUAUGAUGUUUAUAGAUUAGGUUAUUUAAUGUACGUAACACGCUGGGUCAGUGAGGUUUAGCGCACAUUACUUGGUCAUAAGGCCUCUGUUAGCUUUGUAUUGAUGACAAUAACUGUUCAUUAACAGAGGCCUGUACCAUGAAGCAGCUUCAUCUUACCCAGGCUAUCUUUCUGUUAUCUGGUUUGACUAACCUUGACACUGGCCGUCUGGAUAACCUGUACUACAAAGCUGGUUAUCAACCAGUUCAGUCAAAGUGUUAACGACUACAGUCAAAUGUCAAUGGCGUGGGAUGUAGAGGAUAUUCUACAAUCCCAUUUUAUAACAGAAAUGUAGAAAUAUAAAAAAUACUAUCCAUAAAGUUAUUGUCAGCCGAGACUUAAAUUAUGUUUAGGUAUCACUAGGCCUAUAUGGGACAUUAGUUCAGAGUGUUUUUUGUUAUUUAGUUAUCUGAUGAUGAAACUACUUCAAGUAUGUCACAUAAAACACUUCAAAGUUAUGUCAGACUGUUACUGCUGCUGAAGUAACGGGUGGGAAAGUAGUUAAUGACUGAUGAUGUCUGUUUGACCAAAAUGUUGCAUUUGUAAUAACUGGAGACAUUUUAAAAUGUAUGGAUUUUUUUUACUAGUUCUAGUCACACAGGUAUCUCAUGCUAUUUUGAGCUGUAGUCAUGUUAUCAGUGUAAAACAGCAACGCUAUCGCUGCAGACUCAAAUAAAAUUCUGCUAAAAUCA